CUUCGGCUGAGUCCAGUCCUGCGGCGCCAUGAACACACUGGUGGCCUUGUUGUCGCUGUUCCUCCUGGAGGUGCGUGCCCAGCACGGGGCCGGAUGGACCUACUCAGAGGGGUCCCUGGAUGAGGCGCACUGGGCCAGGGAGUACCCCGACUGCGGGGGCAGGAAGCAGUCACCCAUCAACCUGCAGAGGAAGAAAGUGCGGUACAACCCCAACCUGCAGCCCCUGAAGCUGACUGGCUAUGGGGCCCAGGAGGGACCGUUUUCCAUGACCAACAACGGCCACACAGUGCAGAUCACGCUCCCCCACACCAUGCGGCUCAUGACCUCCGACGGCUCCGAGUUCAUCGCCCAGCAGAUGCACUUCCACUGGGGUGGCGCAUCCUCUGAGAUCAGCGGCUCUGAGCACACCGUGGACGGCAGGAGACACGUGGCUGAGGUGCACGUGGUUCACUACAACGCAAAAUACCAGAGCAUGGAGGAGGCCCAGAGCGCUCCCGACGGCUUGGCGGUGCUGGCCGCGGUCUUCAAGAUCAAGGAAUACAGUGAAAACACUUACUACAGCAGCUUCAUCUCUCACCUGCAGGAAAUCAGGUACCCAGGACAAAGCACCGUUCUGAAGAACCUGGACAUCGUCGACAUGUUGCCCGAGAACCUUGAGAACUACUACACCUACCACGGCUCGCUCACCACACCCCCCUGCACCGAGAACGUCCUCUGGUUCAUGCUGAAGGAUGAAAUCCUGAUCUCCAAAGCUCAGAUUAUGAAGUUAGAGAAUACCUUGCUGGAUCACAAUAACAAGACCCUCCACAAUGAUUACCGCAUGACCCAGCCCCUGUACGAGAGGGUCGUGGAGGCCAACUUCGAGUACUUCCCCUCCGAUCCAGAGCUACGGAUCCAGGCAUUCUUUAAAAAGGUGACGCUUUUAAUCCAAGAAUCACUUGGAGAGGGAAAUGCCAAGACAGAGAAGUCGAAAAAGGCCAAGAAGCACAAGCAUCACUGA